GCAGAGGAGAAACAAGAGCAUCAAGAGUGAAUUCCAUCCUAAAGCUACCAGGAAAUAGAGCAGUUCCAAAGGCCAAUCCUUUUAAUCACCAUUAUACAAGACAGAGAGUCUGACACAGCUGGAUCUUAGUACACGGUCUGGAUUGCGACAGCCUCCCCACCAACUAGAACACUCCUCCCCCAUCCAUGGAAAGGAAACGCCUGAAAAAAGAGAUUGAAAAACUCUUGGGAGAUUAUGUUGGCAUCAGACUUCGGGAAAAUGAAUUCGACCCGAAAGGAAGACAGCAGCCCACCUUUCUCGAUGAUAUGGCUCAUUAUGACUUGGCCAUCAAUGUUGCUUUACUGUGGCUGAAUGAUCCAGAAGCCCAAAGUCCUUUGGCAGGAGAGAAAAGGAAUUUGCCACUUCACAGCCGAUACAUCUAUCCCAGCCGAACUGACAGAGAAGCCAUGAUUUUAUCAUUUUAUGCCGGGACCUUAAUGAACAGCAUCCCCAUUGAAGACGUCUUUGGGAUUUACAGCACGAGGCCCUCGGCAACACGCUGGUACCGCUCUGCCAAAGGUCACCGGAUUCACCCUUUCAACCUCUCUUUGCAUCCUUUUGCCAUGCUGACAGCCCCGAAAGCUGCGGAACAUGCCUGGAAACAGAGUGUCAAGUUUCAAAAGGCAGCAGCAAAUCAACAUGCCACCACCAAUUCAACAAAAACAAAUAAGGACGGCAAGCGAUCAGAAUCUGUAUCAACAGCAAAACAGCCAGACAACAAAAUCAUCCUUUUCGAGGACAGAAACUUCCAGGGCCGCUCCGUUGAGUGCAGCAGCGACCGGCCGGAUUUGCAAAGUCAGCUCAGCCGCUGUAACUCCGUCCGCGUGGAAAGUGGCUGCUUCAUGCUUUAUGAACGUCCCAAUUUCCAGGGACAGCAGUUCUUUGUGAAACGAGGGGAUUAUCCUGACAUGCAGUUUGAGGGUUUCAGCACUUCCAUUAAGUCCUGCCGGAUGAUCCCACCUCACAGGGGCACCUACAGGAUAAAGAUCUAUGACAAGGAAGAUCAAAGAGGCAACAUGGUGGAGUUAACUGAGGACUCUCCAAGAGUCAUGGACCAGCUACGCUCCCCCGAGAUGCUCUCUUGUUCUGUGCUGGACGGGCACUGGAUCCUUUACGAACUGCCGAAUUACAGAGGCCGCCAAUACCUGCUGAGGCCAGGGCAGUACAGGAGAUUCAGCGAGUGGGGCGCUAUGAGUGGCAGGGUUGGCUCUUUGAGACGUGCCACUGAUCUCUACUGA